AAAUAAAACUUGAUGACGCCAAGCGUGUAAGCCACAACCACGAAAAAAACCCAACAAAUAAACAUAAAUGAAAUUAAGUCAAAUGAAGAUUCGAUUAGAUUUUUUGGACAAAAUCUGUCGGAUGCUUAUUCAUAGCAUCUCCUCUGUUACAGCAAGAAUGAGGAAGUACGGAUCAAAGAGUGUUUGAAUGGUUGACCUGAAGAAGGAGAAGCAAUUGAGCUUAAGACUCUCUGAUUCUUUUCAUAACAUAAGUCAAGAAAAUGUCAUUUUCAACUUUUUGGUCAUGCAUGCAUUGCCACACACAGAGGGAGACACAUGUCUUUUGAUACUAUCCACUUGGUUCAGAAAAAAACAAAAAGUCACACUUUUUGAAAAAGUGAAAACGUCUCAAGAUAUGGUGAAAUCUGCAAUCUUUUUUUACUGUCUUUUUGUUAUGAUAGAUAAGGAAUCUGCAAGAACCAAUGAUCACUCUUUUCACUGUAUCAAGGACAAAAGAAAGAGAGAAAACAAAAGAGUUAUACAGAGAGAAAACGUGAAUAGAGAGAUCACUGUACUUAUUGGGUUUUGAUCUUUGAUGGCUCCACUGAGUCCAAGAGUAGUGGUGAAGGUGGAUUUGAAGAAGAAGCCAUGGCAGCAGGACCAGCCAUUGCACAAUAGAUGGCAUCCGGAGAUACCACCAGUAGCAGAGGUCAAGGCUGGUGAGUUUUUCCGGGUAGAAAUGAUUGAUGCAAUGGGAGGUGUUAUCAAAGACAAUGACUCUGCAAGCGAUAUCAAGAACCUAGUCCUAACUACUACUCAUCACCUAAGUGGGCCGAUUAGGGUUGUAGAUGAGGAAGGUGUUGCAGCUAAAGCAGGUGAUCUUCUUGCUGUUGAGAUAUGCAACUUGGGUCCUCUUCCAGGAGAUGAAUGGGGAUUCACUGGUUCGUUUGAUAGAGAGAAUGGUGGCGGUUUCUUGACUGACCAUUUCCCUUGUGCGACCAAAGCUAUUUGGUACUUUGAAGGGAUCUAUGCCUACUCUCCUCAGAUUCCUGGAGUACGAUUUCCGGGUUUGACACACCCAGGAGUCAUUGGCACUGCACCAUCGAAUGAACUCUUGAGAAUAUGGAAUGAUAGGGAAAGACAAUUAGAAGAAAGUGGUGUUGAGUCCCUAACACUAUGUGAGGUAGUGCAUCAGCGGCCAUUAGCAUGCCUACCAACAACUAAAGGAUGUCUCCUCGGGAAUAUUGAAGAAGGAACACCAGAAUGGGAAAGGAUUGCAAACGAGGCUGCGAGGACAAUACCAGGAAGAGAAAACGGAGGAAACUGUGACAUUAAAAACCUAAGCAGAGGCUCUAAAAUAUAUCUUCCAGUAUUUGUUGAAGGGGCUAAUCUAAGCACAGGAGACAUGCAUUUCUCACAAGGUGAUGGUGAGAUCUCGUUCUGCGGAGCCAUCGAGAUGAGUGGAUUUCUAGAACUCAAGUGUGAAAUCAUAAGAAAUGGGAUGCAAGAGUACCUUACGCCAAUGGGACCUACCCCUCUCCAUGUAAACCCAAUCUUUGAGAUAGGACCAGUGGAACCGAGGUUCUCAGAGUGGCUUGUCUUCGAAGGUAUCAGUGUCGAUGAGAGCGGAAAACAGCAUUACCUAGAUGCAACAGUUGCUUACAAACGGGCAGUUCUCAACGCCAUAGACUAUCUUUUCAAAUUUGGUUACUCAAAAGAACAGGUACUUGUCUUUGCAGCUUGAUGUUUCUUCCAGAAUCUAGUUGAUCACACACCAAACAUCCAUAAAUUAAAACUACAAAGACAGAAGUGAUCAAGAGAAUAUGGUGUGAACAGGUGUACCUCUUACUCUCAUGUUGUCCAUGUGAAGGAAGACUAUCUGGGAUAGUUGAUUCUCCGAAUGCCGUUGCUACACUAGCAAUACCUACAGCCAUCUUUGAUCAGGAUAUUAGGCCAAAGAAUCGGAAGGUUCCAGUAGGACCUCGGGUUGUGAGGAAACCAGAUGUACUGAAGAGCACAUAUGAUGGAAAGCUUCCAAUUACAAAGAAUCCAAGUUCUUCCUCUUAGCUUCUACAAAAAAAUUAAAAUUAAAAUUUAGAAGCUAAUACCAAGAUUGUAUAAUCAAGCAUAUGUUCCAAUAAUAAAGCAAUAACUUGGUGUUUUCUUUA